GCUACCCAAUCAGCCUUGUCAACAAACUGAAGCUGUCCUCCAAUUCGACUUCAACCUUGCUGACUUCUUUCUCUCCACAGUACUCGUACACAAUUGAGCAAAUCUGAGCUCCUACUCACCAUGUCUUCAGAUGCCAACGCUGCUUACCAAAACAUCGCCAACGGCCCCGCUGCCGAGAAGGCCAGAAUUGAGGGCGAGAAGACUUCGCAAGAGUACUCCAACCUGAUGGACUCAAAGAGAGUGCCCGAGCAGCCCGCUGCCACUGGCCAGUCAUUGACCCACUACCACUCCUUCUUCUACAACCUCCUCAGCUGGGAGAACCCCCGUGUCACCACCAUCUCCUUCGCCUCAAUCCUCACCUUCAUCUUCUUCACCCGCUACGUACCCAUCCUCAAGUACCUUUUCAAGGCGCUCUACAUCGUCCUCGGCAUCACUGCUGCCGCUGAAGUCGUGGGCAAGCUUGUCAUGAACCGUGGCUUCGCCUCGCAGAUGCGCCCUCGCAAGUACUACACCAUCCCCCGUGAGACCCUCGAGGCCUCUCUGGACGAUGUUGAGCAACUCAUCAACUUCUUCGUCAUUGAGUUCCAGCGCAUCAUGUUCGGCGAGAACGUCUUUGUCACCGUCGGUGCCUUCUUCGUUACCUUCAUCUCUUACUUCCUCGUCAAGAUCAUGCCUACCUGGGGUCUUGCUCUUCUCUUCACUACUCUGAUCUACACCGUCCCCCUCGUCUACAUCAACAACCGCGAGGUCAUUGACGCCCAGAUCGAGAAUGCUAGCACCAUCAUCAACGAGCAGACCCAGCAGGUUCGCACCAUCGCUGCCGAGCAGACCCAGCAUGCCACCGACAUCGCAAAGAGCACUGCCACUGACCUCUCCAACCGCGCCUCCGAGCUCAUCGGUCAGGCCAAGCACCGUGCCGGUCAGGCUGAUGCCCCCAACCCUGCCAACCUGAACCCCGCCAAGAACGAGCCCGAGAGAGAGAUCAAGAAGGAGGACAUCCAGAACGCCGCCAACGACCUCACCAACAAGGCCGCUGCUACCGCCCAGGAUGCUGCUAACAAGACUUCCGCUACCGCUCAGGACGCCGCCAACAAGACCUCGGCCACUGCUCAGAACGCUUACGACUCUGCCGCCAGCACCGCUCAGGUCGCUGCUGACAAGACCUCUGCCACUGCCCAGUCUGCCGCCGACAAGACCUCGAACGCCACUGGUAACUCCUACAACUCCUUCGGCUCCCAGAGCACUGCCUCGGAAAGCAUCGACCGCUCCACUGAGCCCUUGACUGAGUUCAACGCUCCCAGCGUCCCUACCACCGAGCCCAGCGCCGCCUCACACACUCUUCCCGUUCUCAAGGACGAGAAUGUCUACCACGAGAACUCUGCCCCCGAGCAAGUCAGAGAGGAGGCACCUCUUCUGUAAAGAGCCAACAUCACCACACAUUGAUACGGUCGCGAUGAUGGAUUCAACGAAGAUUGAUGAAACU